AUGACUAUCCCAACGCAUUUCCACAUGCCUGGCGGCUUCAAUCGCGAGGGCGUUCACCCUGGCCUGUUCCGUCCGCCCAUGUCCCCAAGCCCGAGCACCAGCUACGGUUACGCCUCCCCAUACAGCACUGCGACACCCGAAGGGCAACCUGGAAAGCGCAAGCGGACCUGCCAUGACAUGCCACGAUCGCAAGACAUUCGCAUACACGAUGACGUCGAUAGGCACGGCUACUUUGGAUCACCCCUUUCUCAGAUAAGAAAUGACGACAUGCGUUAUCAGCUUGCUGGACAGCUCGAUACACCAAGCGCCGGCCCUUUUGAUACUCGUAUGCUCGACGAGAGCGUUUACUCGGAUUCAGACUAUCGUCGUGCGCUUGGCUCUAAUCGAACGCAGCACGAUAUCGAUCACAACGACGCUGGCCCGACACAACUCUUCAAUCUCCCUCCAAACCCAAUGCCUUCGCAAGGCUGGGGCAGUUUCGCAUUCUCGACUAUUGGCGGCGUCGUCGGCCGUGUAUGGGAGUUUUGUAAAACUGGUUCAUUUAGAGGAUUCCAAGCUGGUGGCGGCAAGGCUUAUGCGAUGAAUUCUGGCAGGGUAGAAGAGCUGGACCAGACACUGUUCGAAAGUCAUCAGUUCCCUGGACGAUUCCCACCGCCACAGGAAGACUACUUCAACCAUCAGUCCGAUAAUGCCGACCAUGAGAUGAACAGUGGCGCAUCUACACCCACAGCACCGCACCCGAAAAGAAGACACACUGAUAAUAAGGAUGAACUUGGCAGGAAUUGGGUCAUGGUGAGUGAUGAGAAACCAGCUGAGCCAGAGCCUGUACCCAAGCCCACUCCUCAACUGCGACGUCCGUCUUGCUAUGCGACCCCUCGAAACCGGAACUCGGGUCCCUCAAUGACAACAGGUCGACGCAUCAGCGCUACUCCGUCAUCUCGAUUUUCAUCGGCCUCUACUCCUGGUCAGCGACGAUCAACCAUCAACCGACCUUCGAGCCGAUUAUCAGUUGGCCCCUCCCCUUCGGCCCCUUCCCCUCGCGCAGCAUCAACCGCCUCUUUCGCCUCUUUUACUUCCUUCGGGUCCCCUCGUGAGGCAACUCCAAGCAAGAUUCCCCAACCUAGUCGUCGCCGAACCGCAGCUGCACCAUCGCCGAUAACCAAGGCAUCUUCACACCGCCGGUCUCAUAGUAAUGCCUCAGUAGCGUCAGGACGUGGAGGGUCCGCCGAAGCCAGUCCCCGUCUCACUGCAGAAGCCAAGCAUCUCGCAGCCCGCCGUAAGAUGGAAGAACGAGAUGCAGAUGUGCGGAUCAACGCUUUUAAUAAGCAAUUACAGGAUAUGAUUCGCCAGGGCAGAGAAGCGUUGGGCACGACGAUAGAAGUGGAAGGUAACUGGGAUGAUGACUUGUGA